UGACAGUCCGAAUAUAAACGGUCACUUAAUUCACUUGUUUACAAAAUAUUUACCGCAUAUUUUCAGAGAAAUAUAGUUUUAAUUAAAAAUUUGAAAAUCCACUUAGCGUGGGGCCUUAAAACUAUGCAACGCGGUAAAAUUUCCUUCGGGAAAAUCAAACUGAAUGUAAACGUACCUCCUGCGGAGCCAAGAUCCAACGAAACCGAGGCGGAAGAUGCAAAGGAGUCCACUGAAGCCAGCGGAAAUGGCGGAGGAUUCAAGAAAAUGGACAAGGAGCAGAUGAUUCGGCAGAUCGAGGACGUGGCCGAAGAUCUGGAGAGCCAGCACCUCAAGGAAGUGAUGGGCAUCAGUGGCUUUGGUCGCAAGGCGGCCAAGGUGUUCGACAUCAACGAGCAGAUAGAAAAGGCGAGAGUUACCCGCCCGGGAAUGGACAAAAAAAGGGAGGAGUCCAAGCCGAAGGAGGAUGACCAGAAAGACGAGGAAGAGGAGGACGUAAUAGGUCCCCUACCACCAGCUGUGACCACAGACAAGGAGAAAGCCACGAAGGAAUCGUCCAAAGACGAAGACUCCGAUGACGAUGAUUAUUCGUCCGAUGAAGAUUCAGAUGACGAACAAAGCCUUGCUAAGCGCAUACCCUACACACACGAGGUGCAGAUGCAGCACGGUUCCCGCGCUGUCCUUGCCCUGGCUGGCGAUCCCUCGGGUGCCCGCUUGGUCUCUGGUUCCAUAGACUACGAUAUGUGCUUCUGGGAUUUCGCCGGCAUGGACUCGAGCAUGCGUAGCUUCCGGCAACUGCAGCCGUGCGAGAACCAUCCCAUACGUUCUCUCCAGUACUCCGUGACCGGCGACAUGAUCCUGGUCAUCUCCGGAAACGCCCAGGCCAAGGUCCUCGACCGCGAUGGAUUCGAGAAACUGGAGUGCUGCAAGGGCGACCAGUAUAUCUCGGACAUGUCGCGCACCAAGGGCCACGUGGCACAGUUGACCUCCGGCUGCUGGCAUCCAUUUAACAGGGAGCAGUUCCUGACCGCAGCUCUCGACGGUACUCUGCGCAUCUGGCAGGGAUUGAAGUCCAAGGAACAGUUGCAGGUGAUCAAGACAAGGGCGCAGGGAGGCCUCCGCACCAACGCAGCAUCAUGCAACUUUAACAGGGACGCCACACUCAUAGCAGCGGGCUGCGUGGAUGGUUCCAUUCAGACGUGGGACACGCGCAAGAUGUUUGUGAACACCACGCACUGCGUCAGGGAUGCGCAUCAGAAGGGUUCGGAGAUCACCUCCAUUGUGUUCUCGUACAUGGGUCAGCAGUUGGCCACUCGCAGCAACGACGAGACCAUGAAGCUUUGGGAUCUGCGGCAGUUCAAACAGCCGCUGCAUACCUGGACAAACCUGUUCUCCCGCUACGACACAACAGAUUGCUGCUUUAGUCCAGAUGACCGUCUGCUAGUCACCGGAGAAUCGCUUCCGAAGGGCCAGGCCGAAGCGAACCUGUAUUUCUACAGCACUAAGAGCUACGAGGAAGUGCAGCGGAUUCCCGUGUCCAACGCGCACGUGGUGAAAACGCUGUGGCACCCAAAGCUCAACCAACUGUUCGUGAGCUGUGGCAAUGGAACCAUUAAGUGCUAUUACGAUGAGCACCGCAGCAUCCGGGGCGCCAAGCUGUGCGUAGUGAAGACGCAUCGCAAGAGGCAGCCCAUGGAGAUGGUGGGAGUCUCCCAGAUCAUUACGCCGCACGCCCUGCCAUUGUUCAGGCAGGAAAAGUCCCGUACCUCGCGUAAGCGGAUGGAGAAGGCCCGUAUGGAUCCUGUCAAGUCCCAGCGACCGGACUUGCCCAUCACCAGCGGUCAGGGCGGCCGCGUGGCCAGCUCCGGCGGCACCCUCUCCUCCUAUGUCAUCCGCAAUCUGGGCCUGAGCAAGCGGGUGGACGACGACCAGGAUCCCAGGGAAGCCAUCUUGAAGUAUGCCAAGGACGCAGCCGAGAAUCCUUACUGGAUAGCACCGGCCUACAAGCAGACGCAGCCAAAGGCCAUCUUCUCCGAAAAACUACCCGCCGACGAGCCGGCCACCAAGAAGCCCAAGACAGAGGCGGACAAAUAGGAAGUCAAUCUAUUUAUAAGAGCUUAGAUAUGUUAAUAAACUCGUUACGACGUAAGAACUUUAGCUUAGCUU